AGAUCAUAAUUUAUAGCUCAGUUCUGAUCCCUUCUGUGAAUUGAAUUGUAUCAGCAAGCAAAGCAUAUCAGAAGCUUGUCCCUUGUCAGUACUUUCACUGAAAUCCAAGUCAGAGUCAAGUCUCACUUCCCCAAAUUCCUCACCCUUUUGGCCUUUUCCCAUUUAGAAAUAUGAUUGAGUUCAAUACCACCAAGAAGAAAAUGUGGAUGUUUUCACACUAAUCUUCCCCUUAAACCCCAACUAGCUUAUUCCCUGCGUAAUGGAAGUUAUGUCCAACACCAUCAAACACCAAACCAUCGUAGCAGCUUCACACACCAUCCAUUUCCAUAACCUCACCUUUUGGUUCAGCCCUCCUACUCGUCCACCAGGUUAAUUUCCUUCUUCUAUUUCUCUUGUAGCUCCACUCCACCAAAAGGUUUUAUAAGGGAAAGAGUACAAUUUCCAUCACAACAUCAAGAUUUUUGGAGUCACUGUGGUUCGCAAUUUCUUGCAACAUCAAGGAUCACAACAUAAUCAAAACUGCCACUGUGACCGCAAUUUGAAACCUUAAGUAUUAUGGUUUACUCCUAUGACAAAACCUCUUCUUCUGGCUCUGAUGUUUCGGGGUUGUUCAAUCCCACUUUGCAUAAUCUUGGUGCUUCCAAUGGUGUUUUGAGGGGUGGCUUGUCAUCACCACAUUCUUUGGUUUAUGAGAGUGACAAGGGAGAGCUGGUGAAGUGCCCUUCAACUGCAAAGGUGGGAAAGAAUGAGAUUUGUGAGGCCAAAGCUUUAGCUGCUUUGAAGAACCAUAGUGAAGCAGAGAGGAGGAGGAGGGAGAGAAUUAAUGGCCAUCUUGCAACACUACGUGGCCUUGUGCCAUCCACUGAAAAGAUGGACAAAGCCACUUUAUUGGCUCAAGUUAUUAGCCAAGUGAAGGAAUUGAAGAAAAAUGCAGUGGAAGCAAGCAAGGGUUUGCUAAUCCCUAUGGAUGCUGAUGAAGUGAAAGUUGAACCAUAUGAUGAUGAAGGAGGAAAUGGAUCCAUGUUUUACAGUGCAACUAUAUGCUGUGAUUUCCAACCUGAGAUACUAUCUGACCUAAGAAAGACCCUUGAUUCCCUUCCAAUACAUCUAGUGAAGGCAGAGAUUUCAACUUUGGCAGGUAGAAUGAAGAAUGUGUUUGUCUUUACAUGUUGCAAAGGGACCAACAUUCAUAUUGAGGCAUGCCAUGCUCUAGCUAGUACUGUUCACCAGGCACUAUGUUCUGUACUGGAGAAGGCUGCUGCCUCACUGGAGUUCUCACCAAGAACAUCACAUGCAAGCAAGAGGAGAAGACUCUGCUUCAUUGAAACAUCCACUUCCUCAUGCAACCAUGGAUCUUGUUUGUGUUGAUUUCAACAUGUUGCUGUGUUAUGUUAUAUUUGAUAAAAGUGUUAUUGGUAUUUCUUAUUUUGUGAGGACUGCAAGAAACAACACACUUGUUAGUAUAUUGUUUCACAUAUUUUCUAUUGCUGGUGAAUCUCACAUGGUAAUAGUAAUAUAUGAGAUUCAUGAAAGAGUAUGUGACACCAUGUAAUGAGAGUCACAUUUAUCCUAUAAUAGAAAUUGUGUUAAAAAGGGCUUGUGAGAAAAUGUUUUGUUAAAAUCUCUUGCAACUGCAAAGCUGGAUUUGUCUUUUAUUAUGCAGGCAAUAAUGGGUUUGUGUGGAAGCUGUCAUUUUGUAUGUGUGUGGAGCAAUUGGAGAUUUGUGUUAUUAAGUGAGAAUAAUUCAGUAGCAUCAAGAACUAUUGGGUGAUUGGGAAGGUAUGUUGUGAAAAAGAAAGGUGAACACUGAAUAUGUAUGUAUUGCAAAUAAUUAUAAUACUAUCACUUUAUAUGUGUCGCUUUCAUCAUUUGUCCAGUAAAUUUUUCAUAGUAGAAAAUAAAAUGAAAAUAAAGUGAUAUUUUUAUAAUUAUUAAUAAUAAUAAAAAUAAAGUAAGAAAUAUUUCUCAAACUCAGAAACUCGGUACCAAAGUGCUUUACAACAGUUCACGUAUCGUAUUAACCAAUUUGACUCAUUUGAU